CGCAUUCGAACAAUAACCAAAUUGAUUGACCUGUAAAGAAUCUGGUAUCCUGUCCUGAUCUCUCUCCUUUUAGGGAAAAGCCGAGCGGAGCGUCGGACGGUGGCCACCGGUGACUUCACCGAUUGAUUUCGGGAACUUCAAAGCUAGGUGCUCCGCUAACUGAUUUUGCCUCCGGUUUAUGUAUGUAAAGAUUUUACCAAUUCCUGUUGGCACAAAGGUGGAAUAAAACGUACAAUCUGCAAAGUGGUUUUGAAUUUCUAACAUAAAGUUCUGAUUGAAGUCUUGGAAAAUGUCUACGGGGGAGGUGAAGAAAGUCUCACGUGAAGAUAUUCAACUGGUGCAAAAUCUUAUAGAGCGAUGCCUACAACUAUACAUGAACCAGGAAGAAGUUGUGAGUACACUCCUACAUCAAGCCAAAAUUGAGCCAGGAUUUACUGAACUUGUGUGGCAAAAGCUUGAAGAAGAAAAUCAGGAAUUCUUCAGGGCUUACCAUUUGAGGUUGAUAGUGAAGGAUCAAAUAAGUAGAUUCAAUGAGUUGCUUGAGAGACAUGCUAAGCUAAUACAUCAGAUUUGUCCAGCUGGAGUGAAUCCUAUUCCCUUGGCUAAUGGUGGAUCUCAAAUGCCCCCAUUGCAUGAGAACUCUACCUGCACAACCGAAAAGACUGGACCAGUUGUGAAGACUGAAACCAUGCAUCGAAAUAUAGACCGCAGUUUACUUGAUGCAUACUCGAAUGGUGCAUCCUCACUACAGACAUGUAUGCAAAGUGCUUUUGAUAUGUCUACUCAUACACGGAGGAUUAAUGUCUCACCAAGCAUACUAUUGGCUCAGAAUGCAAAUGUGGGGUUGAUGCAAGGACUGAAUGGUGGAAUGAUCAAAUCAGAAGCUGGUUAUCCUAGCAAUUCUCAUUUCUUGUUUGGCGGUGACAAUAAUGUUCUGGAAACUCGUCCUGCUAUUACAGAUGCAUCUAUUUCAUCCUACAGUAGUGUCGAGUCCAAUUCACAACACCUGAACGAGACUGUCUUGGAUGCUGAUUCAUCAUCAUUUGGAUUCUUGGGGCAGAUACCCCGGAACUUCAGUUUGUCAGAUUUGACGGCAGACUUUGCUAACAGUUCAGAUAUUUUAGGGACCUAUUCAAGAUCACCCUUCCUAGCAUCAGAUACAGAUAGCUUCCUGGAUCCUCUUGGUACAAGAGAACACCGAGGUGCAUUUGCUCCAUAGAUAUAGGGUUUUGUAAACAAGGGUUGAGACAUGAAGAAUCUUCUGAAUUUGAAGACUGUUUUUGAAGUUACUUAUUUGUCUGUUGUCUUGGAUAAUAAUCAAAGUUAUGAUGGUGCAAAAAGAUGAAAAAUAUUUAGGCAAAAAACAAUUUCGCAAAAUGUGCAUAUGUUGCAGCAGUUGUUUUGUGCAAAAUAUAGGAUCAUUAUAGGAAAA